UUUUUUCUAAUGCAGUCAUGCGCACUCAGCUUGCUCAACCCUUCGGGACCACAAAUGGAAUUUGUGCACUGCGUCAUGAGCAGGCCGGACGGAAGCCAAGAAGGGAAGCGUUGUUCAGAGAAAUUUGGAAUCAGUUGGGCCGCUGUUGACAGUUGCAUGAAGUCUCCAGUUGGCACAACCUUGCAGCUAAUGGCGCAAGAAGAGACGUUAAAACUAGCUCCUUCAGGACUUGGGUUUGUUCCCACCAUUACAUUCAACAAAAAAUACAGGCAACAAGACCAGAGAGAAGCAUUGCAAAAUUUCCGAGGCGUGUCAUGCAGAUACUUUGGUUCUCCAAAUCUGCCUGGAUGUUGAAUAUGAAAGUAAACAACCUUGUAAUGACUUCUCCAUUCUUGUCAACCCAGUUCUGGAACGUCUGUUGGGCAAUGGAAAAUAAAGGAGCUAUCUAGAGGAAAGAA